UAUCAAGCUUAAUUAGUUUGAGUGGUGUCUUGUUGUUUGCUCUCAAGGCGCCAGCUCACCGCAAGCCAUACACACACUCUCCCGCUCAAACGACGCGUCUUCCUACACCUCCUCCCAGCUGCAUGCGCGCGGCGCCGCCUCUUCUCUUCUCUUCUCUGCAGGACCUCUGCUUGCUGAGAGCUUUUCACCAUGGCGGACCUCACGCUUCUCCCCCGCGGCUUCUUUACCAACCCUUAUAUACGCCCCUCCACCCUCGUGCACUCCUUGACACCUACCUCUCUCUCCGCAUCAUCAUCAUCAUCCAGUAGUAGUCCUCUGCGCACAGCGCGCGCACGCACACAUCUCGAGACGACGGGUACUUAGCCGGCCGGGCGGCAUAUAUAGGUGUGCACUGCAGCUAGCUCUGGCAUGUCUGUAGGUGUUUGUAAAGACUCGUGUGCCCUAAUGGUACAUGGCUGAGCCCGAGCAGCCGUCAGCGCCCUCUUCGUCAGCUCCGGCGCCUCCUCAGUUACAAGUUGCUGCUGAUAACAACCCGACGACUGUCGACGAAUGCUCUGAUCCGGGGGGCAAUUCUGCAGCCUCAUCGGCCCAUUCCCCGGCGCCCGCGCCGCAGCAGCUCGCCAGGGACGACACGGUGGGGAUAAUCACCACGGCCAUGGGCGCGGCGGCCGCGGCGACGAGCUCAUCAGGGGAGCCGUCGCCGCGGUCCACGGGGCGGCACCCGUUCUACCGGGGCAUCCGGUGCAGGAACGGCAAGUGGGUCUCGGAGAUCCGGGAGCCACGCAAGGCGCGCCGCAUAUGGCUGGGAACGUACCCGACGGCCGAGAUGGCCGCGGCCGCCUACGACGUGGCGGCCCGCGCGCUCCGCGGGCCGGACGCCGUGCUCAACUUCCCCGGCGCCACGGCCACGCGCCCGGCGCCCGCGUCCGCGUCGCCCGAGGACAUACGCGCUGCCGCCGCGGCAGCCGCUGCCGCGCUCCAGCCAAUAAUCGAUAAGCCCGGGGCCAGGGCUCCUGAGGCGGACGCCGCUGCCGCCGAUCCUGCCGCGGCAGCGGAGCAGGUGCAGAGACAUCAUGAUCAAACCGGCAGUGCAGCAGCUGGUGGGGAUGAGCCGCGGCAGAAGGAGAUUGGCAAUGAGGGGGAGGAGUUCAUGGACGAGGAGGCCAUCUUCGAGAUGCCGCAGAUGCUGCGCAACAUGGCCGCGGGCAUGAUGAUGAGCCCGCCCAGGCUCAGCCCGACCGCCUCCGACGAGUGGCCCGCCGAUCCGUCGGGGGCAGGUGAGAGCCUCUGGAGCUACCACGACCCCUAACCCCCGUAGGCCGGCCACGGUAGAUUCCGCGCAUUGGCAUGGGACAAUUCAUGGCUGGUACGGUACGUACGAUGUGAGCUGGGUGCUAGUAGCCUAGUACUAGCCAGUCCGUACAAUACAAGUAGAAAAACCGAUCGAACUGCAUGCUCACACGGCAAGAUAAGGAGAGUCCAUAUAUAUAUGGACCCCGGUGCGGCGCAACGUCCUCUAUCUGGUAAUAUAUGUGUAUGCCAUAAGUGUGGUGUCACUGGCGCCGGCCGUACGUGUGACACUAUACGCUAGUACUCCGUACUACUCCUACUUAGCUAGCCAGUACACCUCACCGUUACAUUAGCCUAGCUCGAUUUUAUGAGCAACUGUAUAUGUACCUUUAAGUUCCUCUUUUCUUUCCCUACCCCCCUCCGUCGUUUUCGUAGAUAAAGUCCACUUGUUGAUUCGCUUGGCUUAUUGCUCGUUUUAGUAUAAGAGCAAGCAGGCACACUUUUUUCUUCUUCUUUUUUCAAGUGCCGAGUGGGUCACAGUCACACAUCACAGGGACACUUUUGCCAUUGUAAUUUAACUGUACCGUACUGUUGAAUGGCAAAAAUAUUUGGCGGUGGAUAAGCUAAGAUCGGUGCGCGGCCGGACUUGCAUAUAUGGAUCCACGUUUUCUUUUUUUU